UCCGUCGGUAAGUAAGUAACCAUGGAUCCACAGCGAAACGUGAUGCACCUUUGCAUCGUAGCUCUAAUAAUUUUAUUCAAUUUCUGAUAUUUUCUGGCAUUUCUUUGGAUUUUUUCUCAACAAAGGACAAAUUCAUAAUUAUCGCCCAAUCACAAGGUUCAUCAAAAUGUCAAAAGCCACAAAAAGGAAGCACGUGACAAAGGAGGUACAGGAGGAUUUGAGCAUUCCUACGGAUACGCAAACCAUAGUACAACUGGUCGAUCCACGAGGUAAUAAUCUUCACGAAGUAAUGGACUGUUCCGGGGAGCGAUAUCUGGUGUCCAUGCCAGUGAAAUUCAGAAAAAAUAUAUGGGUCAAAAGGGGUGAUUAUGUUCUCGUCGAACCCAUACCUGAGGGGGACAAAGUUAAGGCGGAAAUCACGAAAAUACUCACCAAAGAGCACAUAAAGUAUUAUCGAUCGCAGGACUGUUGGCCAGACAAAUUUAAUACUUCCCAUCAACAGAACUCAGGAACCAUUCAAACUGAUGAUAAUUUAGGUGAGGACUCGAUGGGGGAAAUUUUCGUGAAUACAAAUCGCAGAAUUCCCAAUCGGAGGAGUUUUGAUGCAAAUGAGAGUUCCAGUUCCGAAAAUUCCAAUUCAGAUUGAUGACCAUGACAGUCAUGGCAUCAAGUAAAAUAGCGCACUCUCGUUCAAUUGUUGGUAUUAGCGUACAGUAUAAUGACAUGUUAUAAUCGUUACACGCCUCUUUCACGGGAGCUACAUUUCUGUCAUUGUAGAGGAAGUUGAAAUCAAAUUACCACUUAAUUUAUAUCUAUUCUCCUAUGUCGGAAUAAUAAUAAUAAAACACCUAAUAUUAUUGCCUAAUAUUAGGCAAUUAUAUUAUUAUUAUUUGUUAGUGCCUAAUAUUAUUUAAUUAUUAUAUAUAUAUAUAAAUAAACAUCUAGAUAUUUUGGUA